AUGGGUGAAGGAGGCUACCGACAGAUCAACAAGACUCUCAAUGUCUGCGCGUUUGAUAACUAUCUCGUCACGCAGCAAUCACGACUACCCAAACUGCUGGAUGUCGAACAGCUCAGCCCACGGGUGCUUCGAGUCCUUGGUCAGAAUGCAGGAAAGUUCACGUUGCAAGGAACCAAUACCUAUAUCGUGGGCACAGGGCAGCACCGCCUUAUCAUAGACACCGCACAGGGUUACCGUGAAUGGGCUGAUCUGAUCGACGACACACUAUCAAACCGAUCCAUCUCGUUGUCCCAUGUGUUCUUAACCCAUUGGCACGGCGACCAUACCGGCGGCGUUCCUGAUCUUAUCCGGAUGUAUCCCCACCUGGUCAAUGGCAUCUACAAGAACUCGCCCGAGCAGAGCCAACACCCCAUUGAGGACGGUCAAAUCUUCCAAGUCGAAGGUGCGACCAUCCGCGCAGUACACGGACCAGGUCAUUCGCACGACCACAUGUGCUUUAUUCUUGAGGAGGAAAAUGCCAUGUUCACGGGCGACAAUGUCCUGGGUCACGGCACGAGCGCCGUCGAGCAGCUGGGCAUCUACAUGGAAACGCUCCGGAAGCUGCAGGCUCAAGGGUGCAAGACAGGCUAUCCCGCCCACGGUGCCGUCAUUCCCGACCUAAAUCUCAAGAUUGCCACUGAACUGGCACAAAAGACACGUCGGGAGAAGCAGUGUCUUGCUGCGCUGGGUCGGAUCCGGAAGGAAAGGUCCACGGGCCAGUUGGCUAGUGUCACUGUUAGUGAGCUUAUCGAUGUAGUCCAUGGCACUCGGGUGAAUGAAGACGUGCGCAAAAUGGCAUUAGAGCCAUUCAUGGAGGAGGUUUUGAGGAAGUUGGCUGAGGAUGGGAAGGUGGCAUUUCGGGUGAGGAAGGGGGUCAAGACCUGGUUUGCUCUUUGACUGCUGCAAUAUGUCACCACACUCAGCAUUGAUUUUUUUGAUCCACCAUAAGUGUAUUUUCUCCCUGUCAGC